CAUGCUUACAGGCAACAUGGAGUUCCUACAGUGGAGCAGUGAUGAUGUUGCAGGAUGGAUUGAGUCUUUAGGAUUUCCACAAUACAAAGCAUGUUUCACGGAGAACCACGUCACUGGAAGAAAGCUCAUUUAUGUAAAAGAUACCUACUUGCCAAGACUUGGAAUCACAGAUUUUAAAGACAUGAAGGUCAUCUCUGCUCAUGUGCGUGAGCUGCUGGGGAUCAAGAAGACCCCGUGGAGUCGCAGCAUCGCUGACCCUCCGCGGGACAGCUUGAGCUUGUACUUGGAAAUAAAGAGCGGGACAGGUGAACUUGCGGACAGCCUCACCUACCAGCAGUUCCUGGAUGACGUGCGUCAGUGAGACUGGCAUGAAUCACAACAGUAAAGUAGUGCAGCAAAAAA